CUUACCACAGACUGGUAGCUCGCAUGCAUGUAAGCGUGGUAUCAAGUUUUCCUUGAUUCGCCUUGAGCCGCAAACAUGUCAGCCAAGAGUUGCUCUGAAUUGCAUGGUAAGUCUCUCAAAUACCGGUCCUCUCGGAUGACAGAAGAUUGAUAAGGGGACUUACUGACUUGUCGGCGUUUCGUGGCCACUUUUACGUCUGCGGCGAAACUCAACCCCGGGGAGCGCCCAAAUACCAAGGUACAGUUCUCACAAAGAAUCCGGUGGACUUCGUUACGAUAGACUCCACGUCGAUAUAUUGGGCUACGAGUUGUGAGUCAAAAGCACAUUAGUGCGUCACAGAAGGUAUAAAACCAUGACUGCAAAGCCGGUGAGUUUUCCAUCGCGUCUUCAGCCUUAUCAUCAAACAUGAGUGGAAAAGUGUGGUUCAUCACUGGCGCCUCCUCAGGUAUUGGACGCGCAAUCGCCGAGUAUGUCUUGUCCAGAGGCGAUAUCGUCGUCGCGACGAUGCGCAAACCGUCCGCCAUCGCCGAUCUCGCCACCACCUAUGGCCACGACGUCCUGCUCCCUGUGAAAUUAGACGUUACGAACUAUGCGCAGGUCAAUGCCGCCUUCGACCGGGCGAAAGAGGCUUUCGGGCGAAUGGACGUCGUCGUCAACAAUGCCGGGUACGGCAUCUGUGGCGAGUUCGAGGCGAUACCGGAGGAAGACGCCCGCAAGCUCUUCGACGUGAACUACUGGGCUCCAGCUAACAUCACACGCGAGGCGAUUCAGUUCUUCCGCGAGGUGAACCCUUCUGGCGCAGGUGGGACAAUCCUUCAGGUCACGUCCGAAGCGGGCUUGGUUAGUGUGCCGAUCUAUUCCCAGUACUCUGCCAGCAAACAUGCUCUCGAGGGACUAACCGAGGCCAUAGCCGGUGAAUUAGAUCCCGCCUGGAACAUCAAGUUAUGUCUCGUCGAGCCCGGUCAGUUCGACACAAACGGUCCAAACGUGACCCCCGUCUUUCCCAUCCAUCCCGCAUACGCGGAGAACAAGUCUUUGCCAUCCCAUUCCAUGAGGACAUCCACAACCGGCGUGCAGUUCAAUGGAGACACAACGAAACUAGCCAAAGCUGUCUACGACGUCGUUGCAUCGGGAAAUAUCUCCUUGCGCUUGCCGAUGGGCUUGGAUGCAGUCCAAUUCAUGAAGAACAAGGCGCGAGCGCUUCAGGAGACGGCCGAAAGCACGGAGAAGUGGUCGGCUGAUAUACUGCGCGAAGGCGUUUCAGAGUACACAAAGGAUGACGCCGUUUACCAGAGCGUUCUAGGAACGACACACUAG